UUGGUGUUGCAGAACGCGCGUUCUUCUAAUUUGUUGCUAAUGUUUUUUUGGGAGUGGUUUUGUUUGUUAAUUUGACUUGUUUAUUUACUUUGAGCUUAUCGGCUCCGAUUGCGUUAAUUACUCCAGAUAUACGAUGAAAUCGUGGGAGAUAGCUGUGGUGCUAGUCGCCGCUGUUUACUUGUGUUCGCAAGUAAAUUUCGUGGCCGGUCUGGAGUGCUAUGUCUGCUCCAACCAGACGGGCAACACGGAGAAGUGCCUGAACACCAUCAAGACCUGCGAGCCCUUUGAAAACGUCUGCGGAACGGAGAUCCGCUGGGGAUCCCAGCCGUACUUCUCGGAGGGUGCUCUUAAGCAAUACUACGUGUCCAAGAGGUGCAUGACCAAGGAGCAGUGCCAGUCCAAGAGGAAGCGCUAUAUGCAGCUGUACUGCACCCACAUCUGGUACGAGGAUUGGGCGUGCAACGAGUGCUGCAAGGGAGAUCGGUGCAACUACUUUGUCAUUAGUGGCGCUCCUUCAAGACAAGGCUAUGGUGUCUGUUUAACCCUGCUCACCGCACUAUUAGGACUUGGAUCUUGGCUCAUUCCACGCUCUUAGCCUCAAGAGCCUUUGCUAUACCAAGCACAUUUCGCUUUUUGUAUUAUUUAAACGAAGCCGUCCAUAAGCUAAGUAGAUUCCACACUCCAUUUAAAACUACACCGUCAAAGUGCCUUGACUCAGUUGGGAAGUAAUGCCAUUUACUAUCCUGAUGCCUUGCGAAGCGAAGUUUCUUUUCUAAUACUUUACAUUUUAUUUGUAACAAAAUUGUUUCUCUGGAUUCAAGUUUUUUAGAUUUUUUACGUUUAUGGGACAGUUUUUAUACUCGUGCAUCAAUGACAACAAGAGCUAUUUUGAUUAUUGCUUUAUUUCGAAUUUUGCUGAUGAAUACGAAUUGCAUCCACGACAUAUCCUAGACAAAUUAUCUAAGAGAAAGCUCAAACAUGAACAUUAAGCUACAUAUAAGAAUCAAAAGAAUGCCUUAAAAAUAACAAUCUGUUUCAUAUCGAAUCUCUCCCACAAUAAAGCAACUUUGACGUCUUUUUGGCGCUUUAAUAU